AUGGCGUCCCAUGCUGUCAGCUUUCCAACCUUGCCGAUAGUCAAGGCUCAUCUUCUCGUGAACUGCGUAUUGGUUCUCUUCGCAGUUCUUAUAGUCACGCUCCGUUUCUUCGCACGCUUCUCUUCGGGGGCUAAGCUGUGGUGGGAUGAUCUCCUCAUUCUCCUUGCAGUGCCUCAGGGCAUCGGGAUGUUAGUAAUCCAAGGCUUGUGGUCGCCCAUGGGUAUCGGUUACCCGAUCACAGACACCCUUCCAAACAUCGUCAUCAUCCUCAAACUUCUAGUUGCCUACGAGUUCAUAUUCGCGACCUGUAUCAGCACCAUCAAACUCAGCGUCAUGUUUUUCUACCUUCGCGUCUUUGUCAACCCAGGACUCCGAACCGCGACAAAAUUCGCCAUGGGCUUUGUCAUGGUCUGGACAACGGCCAACAUCCUCCAGGUCUUCUUGAUUUGCCAUCCAUUCGAGGCAACAUAUAAUCCAGCUGUCACGGGCAAGUGUGGAAAUCAGAUAGCAUCGUUCAUCGCCAUCGGUGCUUUCAAUGUCAUUACAGACAUCAUGAUUUUGACAUUGCCGAUAUCGACUGUCUGGGCACUCAAAAUGAGUACGCCGGCCAAACUUGGUAUCAUCGCCGUCUUCUCAACAGGCUUGAUAGUCAGCGUAGUUGCCAUCAUCCGCAUCGUUAGCCUCACCAACCUCGAUCUCCAGAACUUGACUGAAACAAUGAUAUGGGCCGACUUUUGGUCGACCGUGGAGCCGAAUUUGGGUAUCAUCUGUGUUAGCAUGCCGAUGCUGGGAUCACUGUACUCGCGGUGCACAGCUCGGCGGGGUGCUUCAAAGCUAGACGGGCCUUCGGACGCCAGCGGCUACAACAAUUCGAAUAAGUUGAGACGAUCGCACCCAAGCGCACCUGGUACUAUCGUUUUGGCUACCAUAUACUCCCCGGAAAACGAUGUACGCUAUCGGUCUGAGGUUGCUUCGUUCGGACGUAACGGAAAGAACGAUGAUAGUGGGGAUGACUUCGAGUCACGCCUGACCCCUGAACAAGAGCUUUUGGGCAGAGAUAAAGUGAUACAGGUAGAAACGCAGUGGACCGUGUCUCGCCAAGAGGCUUGA